AUGUUCUGCGGUUGUGUGGUCUUCCCAUGGCGGCGGAACCUGCUGGCUCUCCAGGGGUUUGUUCCAACUCCGUGGGCUUGGUCGCUUGAAUAUGAGCACCGUCUUCUUGAAGGAAAGCGCUUAGAAGAAUGGGUGGUAAUCCAUAAAGAGUGCGAACGGACAGCACGAGCACUCGCUGAGACAGCACUGGAGAGAGGAGCCCAAGAAGAGGAGAUUACAAAGCUCGCAGACCGGCAUCGGCACUGCCAAGCUCUGCUCUCCCAGAAAGAUCAUGAACGUCGUCAAGCAGAGGAUGAUUGGAUGGAGACAGCCAGGAAAAAUUGUGACUAUGAGCGUUCCUUACGCCUGCAAGUACCUGGAAAUGAGCCCAACCGCAAGCUCUGGUUUCAGUACGGAGACGACGUACGAGAAAUCCCCUUGGAAGAAAAUGACAUGAUCCGUCUCCUCGGAGACGCUCCGUAUUUAGCAACUCAUUUUAAGUUAGAAGAUUCUGGGAUGUACACUCUGGAUGGCAAGGAGGUGGAUGAGAGGAGGGGUUUGGACUGGACCUUCCUGUCAUGGAAUGGGGCUGGUCUGACUAGAGAUAAUCCUAUUGUGAUACGAGCAGAUCCCGAAGCUCUGUUCAAACGGCUUGGAUAUGCGGCGAACCGGUUGAUCUUCGAGCUAGAUUGGCUUAUUGAUGACUGGGUCGUUUUCUUUGGCUCGUUUGGCAAAAGUCAGAGUCCGAGAUGCGUACAGUAG